UCCUCUCCAGCAAGAGUAGGAGGAUGGCGCUGCAGUGGUGGCAACACUGGCUGCUUCCGGGUGCGGGGACGUCGCUGCAGUGAUGGGGGAGACUCGCUUGGAGUGAGUGGUCACUGAAGUGACCACAACUGCUAAAGGAUCACAGCGACCGCCGCGGGAGUCCCGAGCCGGGUCUCUGCAGGUGUCGGGACUCGGUGCGAACCUGAACUCAGGCUGCACAACGCAGAAGCUGCACAACCCAUCCUUGUCGGGUCGCUACGCCCAGAACUCCGCGGAGGAGCCAGGGUGAGAUUGGGGCUGCCCGCAGGGAGGGGGCCGAUCUCAAGUCUCAGCCCGUGGCAUCCUCUGUGGACACCGCGGCGACUGCAGCAGCUCCCCACUCCCAGAUCACUCUGCCAGGGUGGGGAGGGGUGCACUGGAUGGAUCGCACAGACUCUCCGACACCUUUCUUGGUUUGGCUUCCCAAAGACCCCUUCUUUUCGCUUCUCUGUCUCGUUCUUUCUACUCCAAACCCUCCACUCAGGUCUGCAGCCCUUUGCUGCAGUUAAGAACCUGGAGAGAUAAAGACUGCAGUCUAUUCGACUCCCCAUCCCACCCCCUCCUCUCCUGUCCCUUGCUGGGCUGGGGGCACCUGGGAGGAAGCUGGCCCUUUAAACCUUUGAUCCCCACCCAGAGCAUCUUCCAUCUCUCCACCCGCGCCACUUCCGACAGCUGGCAGCUACGGGGAGCCCCCGGGGGCCGACAGGUACGGGGGUGGCGGUGAGGCCCAGAGCGGGUGAUGGAACAGCUGUGACAACCCCCUACCCCCACCCCCAGAGGAGCCGGCGGCGGGACUGUCGGGCGCCGGGAGCGCCGGUUAAUCAUUAACCCUCCGCUCCCCGGGACCCCGCGCUGCCCUGAGCUGCGCUCCGCCCCGGCUUCCCAGGUAACGGGCGAAGAUGCCCGUGUCGCCAUCCCCGCACCUCCCUUUCUUAUCUUCCCCUGCCACCUGUCAGCCUGGGGAGAGUCCCGCAGCUCAGCUUUGCGCCCCUUGCAGGCAUGCGUCCAGGGUCUGAGUUCAGCUCUUGAGACUGGCUUUCAGGAGCUCCGGGUGCGGCACCCGGGACUUGCGCUGCGCACCCGCUUCACGAAACCCUGCUCCCGCAGGGCCGACUUGUUGGCACCAUGCCGGGCCUGUACUGCCCCUCCAGCUGGACGCCGCUACCCCUCACCGACUCCUGGGUCAGGGCCUGCGCCAACGGACCCUGCCUCAGCCUGCGGGCUCGGCUCACCUACCGCAACCCGCAGCCGCAGCCGGUGGAUGGCGUGUUCGUGUACCCGCUGGCUGAGGCCGAAGUGGUAUCGGGCUUCGAGGCCGAGGCGGCCGGACGGCGCGUCUCUUUCCAGCUGCAGAGUCGGCGCCGCUCGCAGGCCGCUUGCUGCCGCGCGCUGGGCCCGGGGUUGGGGACCUCCACGCCCCGCCGCUGCGCGCAGGGUCAUCUUGUCUUGGAUCUGGCCCAGGCCCGGUCCACGCUGGUGCUGCCCACGGGCCUUAUCGCUGCGGCUGGCACCAUGACAGUGACCCUGUGCAGCAGCCGGGAGCUACCCUCCAGGCCUGAUGGGGUACUGCAUGUGGCUCUGCCCACUGUGCUCACCCCACUGGCCCCACCAGGCCCACCAGGGCCCCCCAGGCCUCCGGGGCUCUGUGACGACAGGUUGGGCCUAUGCCCCACCAGCUGCUUCGGGGCAGGCAGCCCUGAGGAGGAAGGGCUGGCCUGGGAGGAGCCACCUGCCCCUCCAGACGUGUUUUCAGGCCCUGCCCGCUGUCCUGCCCCAUAUACCUUCUCCUUCGAGAUGCUUGUGACUGGGCCAUGCCUGCUGGCAGGCCUGGAGAGUCCCUCCCAUGCCCUGCGAGCAGAUGCCCCCCCUCAUGCCAGCUCUGCAGCCACCAUCUGUGUUACACUGGCAGAGGGUCACCCAUGUGACCGGCCCUUGGAGAUCCUGCUAUACCCCAGUGAGCCCCAUCAGCCACACUUAAUGCUGGAGGCUGGCAGCCUGAGUGCAUCAGAAUAUGAGGCCCGGAUGAGGGCCCGUCGAGAUUUCCAGAGGCUGCAGCGAAGGAACAGUGAUGGGGACCGGCAGGUGUGGUUCCUGCAGCGACGUUUCCACAAGGACAUCUUGCUGAACCCAGUGCUGGUGCUGAGUUUCUGCCCGGAUCUGAGCUCGAGGCCAGGACACCUGGGCACGGCUACCAGGGAGCUUCUCUUUCUGUUGGAUGGCAGCUGCGCAACACACAAGGAUGCCAUUGUUUUGGCUGUGAAGUCCCUCCCAACUCAGACACUUGUCAACCUGGCCAUGUUUGGGACCUCGGUGCAGCCACUUUUCCCAGAGAGCCGGUCUUGCAGUGAUGACACUGUGCAGCUGAUCUGUGAAAGCAUUGAGACCCUGCAGGCUGGGAGUGGUCCCUCAGAUAUACUGGCUGCACUGGACUGGGCCCUGGGGCAGCCCCAGCAGAAGGCCCACCCUCGACAGCUGUUCCUGCUCACUGCUGUCUCACCCAUGGCUGUCACUACUCACCAAACCCUGGAGCUUAUGAGGUGGCACAGAGGGGCAGCCAGGUGCUUCUCCUUUGCGCUGGGGCCUGAUUGCUGCCAGCUGCUCCAGGGUCUGUCUGCUCUCAGCAGGGGCCAGGCUUACUUCCUGAGGCCUGGAGAGAGGCUGCAGCCCAUGCUGGUGCAGGCUCUGCGGAAGGCACUGGAGCCUGCUUUGAGUGACAUUUCUGUGGACUGGUUUGUGCCCGAUGCCGUGGAGGCUCUCCUGACUCCCCGGGAAAUCCCAGCUCUCUACCCUGGGGACCAACUGCUGGGUUACUGCUCACUCUUCAGGGUGGAUGGCUUCCGGCCCCACCCUCCAGUGGGCCAAGAGCCUGGCUGGCACAGCUUGGGUGGUUCUGUGUUCCCAUCCCCAGAGGAGGCACCAUCUGUUGCCAGCCCUGGCACUGAGCCCACUGGCACCUCAGAGCCACUGGAAACAGGCACUGUGUCAGCAGAGCUGUCCAGCCCAUGGGCUGCUGGGGACUCAGAGCAGACAGGUACUGAUGCUCUGACAGACCCAGUCACAGAUCCUGGACCCAAUCCAUCCAAUGACACAGCCAUAUGGCGCCGCAUCUUCCAGUCCUCAUACAUCCGGGAACAGUAUGUGCUCACCCACUGCUCUGCCAGUCCCGAACCAGGCCCCGGCUCCACAGGCAGCAGCGAGUCCCCAGGCUCCCAAGGCCCUGGGUCCCCUGAGGGCUGUUUUCCCCUGGAUCCUCCUUCUCAGCAGGGCUGCCGCAGCCUGGCCUGGGGAGAACCUAUAGGCUCCCGUUCCUGCCCCCUGCCUGCACCCCCACAGUCUCCAUUCAAGGCAGGAGCCUUGAGCGCUGAGGUGCUGGGCCGUAGGCACAGAGUGGCUCUGGCUGGCCGAAGUCUCUCAUCCCCACCAGGCCGGGCAAACCCAGUCCCUGGCCGACCCCGGCAACCCUCUCUGGGUGCAGUACCAGAUGGGCAAGGCUUUGAGUCAGGCCAACAGCUGGGGCAGGGCCUGGAUGACUCAGGUAAGGGCUGGAAGUGGGGCUGGGUUCUCUACUAUCAAGGAGGCCUUGGGGAGAUGGAGCCUGGGACACCACAUCACCAUUGUCACUGCUGUCUUUUCUCCCCAGGAAACCUGCUCUCCCCAGCUCCAAUGGACUGGGACAUGUUGAUGGAACCACCCUUUUUGUUCACAGCUGUGCCCCCCAAUAGGCAACCAACCCCUCCAGCAGUGCCACUGCCUCCCCAGGCUCCACGUUGCCAUGUGGUGAUCCGGGCCCUGUGUGGGGAGCAACCUAUGUGCUGGGAGGUGGGUAUUGGGCUGGAGACAUUGUGGGGCCCUGGGGAUGCCUCACAGCCUCCAUCAGUCGCUGUAAGAGAAGCUGCGUGGGACCAAGCACUCCACCGACUGACAGCAGCCUCAGUGGUCCGAGACAAUGAACAGCUGGCUCUCCGAGGAGGGGCUGAGACCACAGCUGACAGGGGCCAUGCCCGGAGGUCCUGGCUUCGAGCCCUUCAGACAAGCAAGGUCAGCUCUGCUCCCUCCUGCUUUACCUGCCCAGUAGCUGUGGAUGCCACUACCAGGGAGGUCCUGCCUGGGGUCCUGCAGGUGCGGAGCUCAGAGUCAGCUGAGCCCCCAGGCACUUAUGCCUCUCAGGGCAAUCUGGAUGUAACUUCUCUGCCUACUGCAGCCCACCCUAAAGUCUCUCUGGUAGGCACCUGGGACCUGGACCAAAAUGACAACUCCAAAUCAGCUUUGGGGGAGCCCACAACUCCCACUGGAGGUCCUCACCCCCUGCCCCACCAGCCUUCCUCUAGGCUCAGUCUGGGCCGCCGACGGAGACUCUGUAGUUCCAAGGCUGGUCAGGCCAAUGAAGGCAACAGUGAAGGCAGCGACCAUGACUACCUGCCCUUGGUGAGGACUCGGGAGGUGGAGGGUAGUGUCACCCAGAGCCAGGGUGCUGUCUCUGCUCACUUCUCCCCCCACCUCCUCUCUCCUCAGGUGCGGCUACAAGAAGCACCAGGCUCCUUCCGUCUGGAUGCACCGUUCUGUGCUGCUGUGCAUAUUCCUCAGGAGCGCCUCUGUCGUGCUUCGCCAUUUGCUGUGCACCGUGCCAGCCUCAGCCCCACCUCUGCCUCAUCUCCCUGGGCACUUCUGGGCCCUGGUGUUGGCCAGGGCGACAGUGCCACAGCCUCUUGUAGCGCAUCCCCCAGCUCAGGCUCAGAGGGUCCAGGCCAGGUGGACAGUGGGCGGGGUUCAGAUACUGAGGCUUCAGAAGGGGCAGAAGGGUUAGGUGGCUCAGAUCUUCGGGGUCGUACCUGGGCUACAGCUGUGGCACUUGCGUGGCUGGAGCACCGUUGUGCUGCUGCCUUCAGUGAGUGGGAACUGACAGCAGCCAAGGCAGAUUGCUGGCUACGGGCCCAAAACCUGCCUGAUGGUCUUGACCUGGCUGCCCUCAAGGCUGCAGCCAGGGGACUCUUCCUGCUACUACGCCACUGGGACCAGAACCUGCAGCUGCACCUGCUGUGCUACAGUCCAGCAAAUGUGUGAGGCACACCCUCCACUGGAAUCGAUGUCCCCAACAUACUCAAGUCACUGCCACCCAGGGCCAGCUGCUCGGUGCUGGGAAGGGGUAGGCUGGUGUCAGCCUAUCCUCCACUGCUUCUCAUUCCCUCCCUAGAAUCCUCUUACCCUCACAAAAAGUGCCUGCCACCCUGUGCCCCUUCCUCUGUGUAAUACAGGGGAAGGGGAGAGAACCACAGUCCCCAAAUCCUAUGCAAUAAAGUGCCUCUAA